AUGUCCAAAUCAUCUUCAAAAUCAUCUUCUGCAAAAUCAAUCGUAAAGACAGUUGAUCUUAAUUCAAGAACUACCUCAUCGUCAACUUCAAAUCUGUAUAAAGACAUUUUGGAGCUUGUUCUAUUAUGUACACUUACUGAAGAACCAUCCACUUCUUCAUUAUCGAAGAUAUAUUUAACUGAAUUGGCAUCAUUAGAUAUUAAAAAUUGGGAUAAAAAUCGAAUUGAUCAAGCAUUAUUUGAACGUCUUCGUAUAUGUGAUCCUUCAAGUCAAUUGAUAACAUCAUCUACGAAAAGAUCAUCUAUAGCACAUGAGAUCAUUAGUGAAAAUCGUUGUUUACAUUAUUUAUCUGGAUGUUAUCAAAGAUUGUUGCGACAGCGAGAUCAUUUUCAAUUAAUAUUAGAUGAUAUUCAAAAAUUAUUUAUUGAUCAUAGUAAGACAGCAAUAACAUUACCAAGUAUGUAUGACGAUCAAGAUUUAUCUAAACAAUGGAUAGAAUUAUUAAUUGAAUCCAAUGGUAAAAAAAAUUUACAUAUUUUUUUUAUGAAGAAAAAUUUACGUAUUUAUUUAGAUAAUGCAUUAUUAUGUGAAUAUAUUGAUUUUGUUAAUAAUGAACUUCUGUCAUCGAUGACCACUGAAAUUGAAAGUCUUUAUAAAAAAGUUUUCCAUUAUAUGUAUAAAGCUAUUCAACCAUUAGACUAUUUUUCUAAUGAUGUAAUUUCUUACAUUUCGGUAUUAACUCAUUUAUCACAAUGGGCAAUACUUGUUCAAAUGAUCUUUCGAUUGUCUCAUCCAAAGACAUUGUCUAACCGUUCGUCAAGAGAUGCUCAUAUAUCAUCAACAAGUGGUAGAGCAUUUCAAGAUACAUUGAUUGGUAGUCUUCUAUCAAAAUCAUGUUUACCUUCCAUACCUGGAAAACCUUUUUUAUUUUUUAAUAAACCUAAAUUAAUGAGUGAACGUGAUAUCGAAAUAACUGCUACAACAAUGUGGCAACCAAUGAAAACAUAUCAAGAUCAUUUAUCACAAUUAUUUAAAGUUUUUGUUAAAAGUUCUGAUGCACGACAUAAUGUUUUAAAAUGGAUUGGUGAUUGUUUUGAUGAAAAUCAAGGAAAAAAUAAAGAAUGGUCAUCUCAUGAUCCGUUAGCUGCAUUUUUAUUUGUUAGUGAUGGUUUUUUACUUAAUUUAAAUGUUGUUUUACUUAAUCUUGCAAAACCAUUUGCUGAACCUUAUUCAUCAAGAUUAUUAAAAAUAAAUCCUCUUUAUGCUAUUAGUCGAAAUGAAAAUGUUCAUUUAAAAGAGUUAUACAAAGAAACACCAUUGAUUAAUCGUACAGACGAAAUUGAAGAUGAAAAAAAUCGACAAAUAACAUUUAAUUUUAUUACUGAGAUCUUUUUUAUGUCACAUUUUAGUUAUUCAAUUUCAGUACAUAGACUUCACCGAAUAUUAAUUGGUGAAGAGCUAACACGUAUACGAGAAGCUCAUAAUAAUGCUGUAAAAUUAGAUGGACCUAAUCAUGAAAAUUCUGUACAAUUAGGAGAAACAAUGGAAAACGGCCUUACUGCAUUUUUGAAUAUAAAAACUAUGCUAAAUGAACCUUAUUUAUUGGAAUUAUUGAAUGCCUUAUUUACAUCCACAUGUUCAUGGCUUGUUCAUAUUGCAUCAUCUUCUUUUGAUUAUAAUCAGAAAUCAGACGGAGAAGAACAAAUGAAUAUUCUUAAGAAAUUACCAUUAACAUCUGAACCUAAUCGACAAUUAAGUUAUAUUCCAGAAUUUAUUAUGGAAAAUAUAAUUGAUUAUCUAAAGUUUCUUGGGCGAUAUAAUACACAAGUAUUUCAAUCAAUAGGAUCAUCGAUAAAUGAAUAUGUUAAUCUCAUACUUGUAUUUAUGGGUGAUAUGAAUCGUUUACGUAAUCCUCAUUUACGUGCAACAUUAGCUGAAGCACUCGAAAUUAUUUUACCAAAUGAACACGAAAAAACUAAUCGAAUAAUAAAUAAUUUAUAUACUGAAACAAUGUUUCAAGAAUAUCCAUUAAUUGAACAUUUACCAUGUGCACUUCUUGAUGUAUUUGUAUCAAUUGAAUUAACUGGACAAGCAGUUGCAUUUGAACAAAAAUUUAGUUAUCGUCGUCCAAUGUAUGAUAUACUUGAAUAUCUUUGGAAAUUUGAUAAACAUCGAGAACCAAUUAAAAAACUUGCUUCAUAUGCUGAGCGACAUAUUGAUGAUGCUGAAGCUCCAUUAUUCUUACGUUUUAUUAAUUUACUUAUGAACGAUGCAAAUUUUUUAUUAGAUGAAGCAUUAACAUAUAUGGCAAGAUUGAGAGCUGAUCAAGAAGCAAAAGAACAUGGCGAAUGGAAUGAAAAGCCAGAAAAACAACGACAAGAACUUGAAAAUGCAUUUCAACAUACCGGUCGAAUAGCACGUUAUAUGAAUAUAAUGGGCAUUAAGACGGUUAAUAUCUAG